ACCGCUUAUGAAGAAGCCAUCAAACUUAUCCAAAGCGAUAAGAAGGAACGUCUUGAAAUGCUGUCCCGUGUCGAAAAGGAAAUCGCCCGCAUCAAGAAGGGUAGGUUCCCGCACGCACAAUUGGCCGCAUUGGAUGCUCUCCAAUUCGACCUGCAGGUCAAAUCGGAACUCAACGAUCCCGAGAUUCAAAAACAAUUUAAACUUGGACAAAUUGAUAUGAGCCGACCCGUCUUCCGAUACAUGCGACAAAAACACUUUGAAAAAGCUCCUCGCAGCAAAUUGUUGGAACGUAUCACGCAAAUGAAUGUGAUUCCUGAUUUACUGCCACCGGAUCUUAUGCCUGUUGUCGACGUUCAAAUUCGAGUAAACGAAGAGGCAGAACCUAUUGAACCUGGUGUCUUUGUUAAACCAGAACAGACCAUCAACGCGCCCCUUGUCGAUGUUACCAACUUCCACAUGGAUACACGACUCUACACUCUGUUACUUGUCGAUCCUGAUUCACCGGAUGUGGCCAACAAAACUUACAAACAGCGCUGUCACUGGUUGAUGGCCAACGUACCAUUAUCAGCGACUCAAUCACGCGUGACGGACGGCAACACAAUCCUGGAGUAUGUCCCUCCUCACCCGGAAAAGGGCACAAAAUAUCAUCGCUACACCUUGAUCGCAUACGAACAACCCAACCAGGACAAAUUAGAUAUUAAGGCCGAGCGAGAUGCGUUUGAUACCAAGGCUUUUGCUGAGAAGCAUGGCUUGAAGGUGCGUGGUGUCUCUUUCUUCCGCGAAGAAUGGGAUCCAUCUGUAUCCAAGGUUUACGAGAUCAUGGGUGUUUCCGAACCCAUCUACGGCAAACCACCCAAACCAAAGCGUGUCUUCCAACCCACCAAGUACUUUUAG